AUGCAGUCGUCCAUUCUGUAACCUCGCGUGUUCUGUUGCGUAGUUUAUUUUAUGGAUAAAUGCAAUAUUUCGGCCCAUUUGAAGUUUAAAUCAUUGAUUGUAAGCCUCUAAAGUGCGUUUGACAGUAUACAAUGGCACGCUAUGGGCAACGCCCGGAAAAUGCUCUCAAAAGAGCAAACGAAUUUAUUGAAGUUGGGAAACCUGCUCGAGCCCUCGACACUCUUUAUGAAGUUUUCAAAAACAAGAAAUGGGCUUACAACUGGAGCGAGAGUGUUCUCGAGCCUAUCAUGUUCAAGUAUUUGGACCUCUGUGUGGAACUCAAGAAGUCACAUAUUGCAAAAGAAGGAUUGUUCCAGUACAGAAACAUGUUUCAAUCUGUCAACGUUGGAUCUUUGGAAAAUGUUAUACGAGGUUAUCUGAAGACUGCAGAAGAUCGCACAGAAGCUGCCAGAGAGCAAAGUCAACAAGCUGUCAUAGAUAUUGAUGACCUGGACAAUCUAGCAACUCCUGAGAGUAUUUUGCUUAGUGCUGUUAGUGGAGAAGAUGCCCAGGACCGUAGUGAUCGCACCAUUCUAACACCCUGGGUCAAGUUUCUUUGGGAGUCCUACUGUCAGUGCUUGGAAUUGUUGAGAACCAACGCCCAUGUUGAGACUCUGUAUCAUGAUAUCGCCCGCAUGGCAUACCAGUUUUGUCUCAAGUACAACCGUAAGACAGAGUUUCGUAAGUUGUGUGAGAAGCUGCGUAAGCAUCUGGAGGACAUUGGCAAGUUACCAGUGUUGGCGGCCAAUGUCAGUCUCACCAAACCAGAGACCCAACAGUUCAACUUGGACACCAGGCUGGUACAGCUCGACUGUGCCAUUCAGAUGGAACUGUGGCAGGAAGCUUACAAAGCAAUUGAAGACAUCCAUGGGCUAAUGAAUUUGUCAAAGAAACCACCAGUGCCCAAGACAAUGGCCAACUACUACCAUAAGCUAGCAAUGGUUUUCUGGAAGGCCGGUUAUUACCUCUUUCAUGCUGCUGCUCUGUUUAAACUCUUCCAGCUAAGCAAAGACAUGAAAAAAAACAUGACUCAUGAUGAAUUGCAGCGAAUGGCCAGUCGGGUGUUGUUGGCAACAUUGGCUAUUCCACUUCCAUCGGCCCACCCAGAAUUUGACAGGUUCAUUGAGACUGACAAGAGCCCCCUGGAGAAGGCUCAGCGGUUGGCAGUACUGCUCACUCUGCCCCAGCCUCCGACACGAGCCUCUCUGCUCAAAGACAUUGUGCGUCUGAAUGUGGUGGGGCUGGCCACACCUCCACUGCAGGAACUCUACAACUCUCUAGAGGUGGAUUUCUCCCCAUUGACCCUUUGUCGCCAAGUACAAGCUGUGUGUGAUGGUCUGGUGGGAGAGGAGAGUCGUCAGUACAUCCCCCCUCUACAGGAGGUCACCCUAGUCAGGCUCAUCAGACAGGUGUCUCAGGUGUAUCAGACCAUUCAGUUCUGUCGUCUGCUGGAGCUAGCUCAAUUCACCACACCAUUCCGUCUUGAGAGACUCUUGGUAGAAUGUGUGCGUCAUAACGACAUGCAGAUCCGUAUAGAGCACAGUACAGGUUGUGUUCACUUUGGCAUUGAUCUGUCAGAGUCUCAGAGAGAGGACCACCCCGAGGGGCCCACACUGCAGGACAUGCCCAGUGAACAGGUGCGCAACCAGCUGGUAAACAUGUUCAAUGUGCUGCACCGCUCCAUGCAAGUCAUCAACCCCAACCUGCACAAGACAGAACGUGACAGACUGAGAGCCCAGAUGGUGCAACACUACAUGGACACCAAGGUGAAGGAGCACCAGCGUAUCCUGGCCCGGCACAAGAUCAUUGAGGACCGCAAGGAGUUCCUAGAGAGGAUGAACACUGUCAGGGAAGAGGAGGAGGCUCGCAGGCAGGAGGAGCUGGCCAGACAACAGGCUCUGGCAGAGCAUCGUAGACAAGAGGAGGAAAGACAAGAGAGGGAGAGAAAGCGACAUGAGAACGAGAUCCAACAGAUACGAGACAGACAUCUCAAGGAGAAGAUGCAGCAGAUCUCACAGACUGCUCAUGGCCAGAAGGUUCUCAAGAAGCUGGAGGAAGAGGAUAUGAAAAAAAUGGAUGCCGAACAAAUUGCAGCCAAAGAAGCUGAAGAACUGCAGAAAGAAAGAAAAGAAAUGCAACAAAAACUCAAAUCUCAGGAAAAGAAAGUAGAUUACUUUGAACGAGCAAAGCGUUUAGAAGAAAUCCCACUCAUGAAAAAAGCAUUUGAAGAAAAGGAGGUACUAGAUCGCAAGUUUUGGGAGCAACAAGAGGCAGAGAGAAUUGCGAUGGUGAUUGCUGAGAGGAAGUUGGCUGUUGGACAUAGAGAAAGACUGGCUCGAAUGCAUCCAGACCGAGAUGCCCUCAUUGAGAAACUAAAAGCACAAAGAAAUGCGGCAUACCAGGAAAAAUUAAAAGAAUUUGAAGCUAAAAUGUCUGAAGAAAGGAAGAAGCGUUUGUUGGAAAGGAAAGCCAAGAGGAAGGAAGAGAGACGAGCUGCGUGGAUCAGAGAGCGGGAAGAAGAAGAAAAGAGAAAAGAAGAAGAGGAAAGAAGAAAAAAAGAAGAGGAAGAGAGGCUAAAAAAAGAGGAAGAAGAGAGGCUUGAGGCCAAACGCAAAGCUGAAGAGGAUGAGCGAUACAGGAAGGAGAAGGAGGCGAGAGACAAGCAAGCAGAGAUUGCUCGUCAAAGAGAGGAGGAGUCUCUGCGUAGACUGGAGGAGAAGGAGAAGGCUUGGCGUAGUGGAGGAUUGAAGGAAGAGGACAAAAGACCAAUCCGAGGUGGUGGAGGAGGAGGCUUUGAGAGGACAGAGGAUACCGGCUCAUGGCGACGGGGAGAAGCCAAAGCUAGCGAUCAAGUCUGGAAACCUAAGUCAUUGUCCAACCGAAGAGAUGAUGACCAAAGAAGACCCCCAGAGGAUAGCAGAGAUGACAGAGAUAGAUUUAAUCGAGACAGAGAUAGGGACUAUGGCAGGGAUAGAGACUAUGCUAGGGAUAGGGACCGUGACCGAGACCGUGAUCGAGACUUUGGUCGGGACAGAGGAGGAGGGUUUAGAGACAGGGAUGAUCGGGACAAAGCUGGUGGCUUUGGCAGGAGUUAUGACAGGCCUUCUGAAAGGGACAGACCCAAUAGUAGCUGGAGAAAUAAAGACUCAGAACCAGAUUCUGACUCAAGAGGACCUCCCAGACGAGGAGCUGAUGAUCGUGCAGGCGGUGGCCGCAGUCCUAUCAGACGAGACACUGGCCGAGGAGGUGGAGACAAGGAGUGGAGAACUGCCAAGUCUGAUGCCCCGCCACCCUCUAGAGCACCUCCACCAGAACCCAAGUCUGCACCAGCCCCAGCCCCAGCCGAGGAAGAAGACAGCAGUUGGAAGAAAGUCAGUCGGCGCUAAUCAUAAACUUCAAAUGUCAUUUACCCAGCUUUCUUUUAGAUUAAGGAUUUUAUUCAGCCACAAUGUGAUUAUCAUGUAAACAUGUUACAUGAUAAUCAGUUGGGUUUGUUGGUUAACAAGUUAAAAUUUGUAUUAAAAUAUUAGUUAAACAGUUUGCAACAACUUUCAAAGUUAUUGCUUUUGGGAUUUGGGUAGUAAUUGCUUAGUGUUUUGUUCAAGGAUCAAAAUUUACUAAAUAAAGAUAUCUGUCAAUCAAUUA